AUGCUCACGGCCCCGCCACCGUUAUUGAGCUCCAGGCUCGCUCGAAGGCGAAUCACAACAGCGAUAAUGAAUAAUGUGACCACCCCUUCUUCACAGAUCGAAUCGAAUAUAAGAGCAGAGGAGGGAGGCCGGAAUGCGUGGUAUCACAUCGUCUCUCUCAGAUCUCUCGCCCAGCAUGAAGACUGCUUCAACCUUUGCCUUGGCUUUGGCGACCAUAGCACCCUUCCUCGUAUGGAGCGUGUCGCUAACAUCAAUGAGUAUCCAUUAUCUAGCUGGAAGCCGAUCAGCUUCACCCUUCCCGGCUCCACACGUAUUCAACCGCUCACCUUCUUCAACACUCUAACCCCGAUCAAGGCCGCUGAAUCCACAGCUGCGCUAGAGAAGCGCGCAAGCUCUGGUAACCUCUACGCAGCAUGCAGUAAAUUGAACAUGGCCAGCAAAUACAAGAACUUUCCGAUCAACGGAUAUCUCUACUCUGGAGGCGCAGUUGGAAGCGGUGCCGUCACGGCAUCGGUCGGUGGUGCGAGUUCCUGCGCCCUCGAUGGCACUGGCGACGCAAAUUGUGGAUCUCAAGGAGCAAUCUUCACGGAACAGGUGAGAGCACACUUACAAACGAUGGAAGGACAACUGACUCACGGAUACAUGAAGGGUUCUGACGCCGCCUCUGCCUACGACUGCUGCGUCCAAGCCCAGAACCUCCAAGACUCGGCGUUCUUCUUCUUCACUAGCAAUCCUUCCCAAUUCGUCCAGAAGUGUAUUGUUGUUAGGACGAACUACUGCAGCUAUUCCAAGUACUCGAGCAUUAUCGAGGCUGCCGCGUUUAAUGGCUCUGCUCCCAGAGGUACCUCGUACUAUAACUACAUCGGGAAUGGUCGAUGUGUAAGUCAAUGUGGAGCAUACACUCAUAGGGUCCCGGCGUUACGGCAGCUAUCAACUUCCCCAGCGGUGGUCUCUCCGGAACAGCGUCCGCAGCGUCUGCAGCCUGUGGAUACUCCGGGCCAAAUGUUCAAGAUCUUGGUAAGUGACCUGAUGAAUGACGCUCUCGUGAGUACAGCUGACAGUGAACAAGGUGUCUCACAGUCAAUCCAUUCAACACUCACCACAUCUCACAUCCCAUCCCACUAA